GGUUAUACCCACGUGGCUUGUCCCCACCCUCGCCGCAUCGCCUGCGUCUCGUUGGCCAAACGGGUGGGCUUCGAGAGCCUGCACCAGUACGGAAACCAGGUGGGCUACCAGAUCCGCUUUGAGAGCACCCGCUCGCCCGCCACCAAGAUCCUCUUCCUGACGGAGGGGCUGCUGCUGCGGCAGGUCCAGCGGGAGCCCGCCCUGCCCGGCUACCGCGUCCUCAUCGCCGACGAGGUUCACGAGCGACAUCUGCACAGCGAUUUCCUCCUGGGGGUCCUGCGACGCCUCCUUCCCCUUCGGCCCGACCUUAAGUUGAUUCUGAUGUCGGCCACCAUCAACAUCAGCCUUUUUUCCGGUUAUUUUGGGGGCGCUCCGGUGCUGCAGGUGCCGGGAAGGAUCUUCCCCAUCUCGGUCAUCUACCAACCCAUCCCGAAGGAAGAAGCGUCCGCCGUGGGGAAAUCGGGGAAAUCGGAGCGCCUGGAUCCCCUCCCCUACCUGCGGGUGCUCCAAGCCAUCGAUCACAAGUACCCACCGGAGGAACGCGGCGACCUGCUGGUGUUCCUCAGCGGGGUGGCCGAGAUCGGCGCCGUGCUGGAAGCGGCGCAGGCUUACGCCGCCCGUACCCAACGCUGGAUUGUCCUCCCCUUACACAGCACCCUCUCCGUCACCGAGCAGGAUAAGGUGUUUGACGUGCCUCCUCCCGGCGUCCGUAAGUGCAUCCUCUCCACCAAUAUUGCAGAGACCUCGGUGACGAUCGACGGCGUGCGCUUCGUGCUGGAUUCCGGGAAGGUGAAGGAGAUGAGCUACGACCCUCAGGGCAAACUCCAGCGGUUGCAGGAGUUCUGGAUCAGCCGGGCAAGCGCCGAGCAGCGGAAGGGACGUGCCGGUAGAACCGGACCCGGUGUCUGUUACCGUCUUUACGCCGAAUCCGACUACGACGCCUUUUCCCCCUACCCCGUGCCGGAGAUCCAGCGGGUAGCGCUGGAUUCUUUGGUGCUCCAGUUAAAGAGUAUGGGGCUGGGCGACCCCCGGACCUUCCCCUUUUUGGAGCCUCCUCCAUCCUCCAGCCUGGAGACGGCCGUGCGGUACCUGAGGGAGCAGGGAGCCCUGGAUGAGGCUGAAAACCUGACGCCCAUCGGGAAUCUGUUGGCUCAGCUGCCGGUGGACGUGGUGGUUGGGAAGAUGUUGGUCUUGGGCGCUCUUUUUGGGCUGGCGGAGCCCACCCUGACGGUGGCGGCGGCGCUGAGCGUUCCGUCGCCGUUCCUGCGACCCUCUCACCCCAAUCCCGACUGCGCCACCGCCCGACGGCCCCUCGAGAGCCCCCACGGCGACCCCCUGACGCUGCUCAACCUCUUCAAUGAGUGGGUCCAG